UGGCAUACAAUGGCAUGUUUCCCCAAUAUCCCAAGAAAUCAAUAGGUAAAGAAUAUGAAUUAGAAAAUACAUUAACUUUUGUUACCCUGAUUUUAAAGAUGUGGAAUUUUGAUUUGCAGACAUGUCUUGGAGAAAGAAAUGCGGGGACAAUUUGCCUAUCGUUGCUUCUCCUGUUCCCAGUGGGGAGCAUGGCUCGGGGGAUUCUGCUUCCCGAACCGCUCCCUCAGAACAACCAGCUGGGGCCGAGCUGAUCAUCAUUCCCCCUGUGAUAGAGGUCCCAGAGGGAAAUAUGGGAGUCUCCCGCACGUUUGAUGCCGAGGAGGUUGAUGCGGGUAGCCUUGUUCACAGGCGCGGAUGCCCCAGUACUGGUGAUACAUCAGGUGCCGGUGAAGAAGAUGUCCAGAUUGUGGACAUUACCGAUGAAAUUCCCUCGCCUGAUUCGGUCCCGGGCGUCACCCUCACCGAGCUUUCAAAGAAGAGGAAGAGAGGUUCUCUGAUUUCCGUAGGUGAGAAGGAGAAACAAGAGAGCCUGAAGAAGGCUGGCAAGUCUCAAGAACCAUCGAAGAAGUCUGCUGGUGGUUCGAAGGUCCUCCCGUCUGCAGUGGAAAAGGGCAAGGGGCCAGCGAAGAAGUCUGCUGGUGGUUCUAAGGUUCCCCCUUCUGCCGGGGGAAAGGGCAAGGGCAAAGCUGUGGUGCCCCCUGCUGAUGAACCAGAGGAUGUUGUUCCUGGGCCGAUUUCGAGUUUGUCGGGGCAGGAGUUGAUUGAUGCCUUGAUAGCUCGUGUCCACUCAAAGGACCAGGAGAAAGUGGAAAAGCUGACCCGAGGGGCUUUAGCUACUCAGUUGUGCCAGUUGGCUCUUCAGGUGGAGGCUCGGAUGUGGGGGGCUGUUAAGUGCAUCCAUGACUACGACAUGUCAGAAAAAGAGAGAGAGAAGGAACAGGCGGAUAUCGCUAAGCGUGAUGACGACGUGGCCGGGGUGGUGGCGCGUUUGAGUAAAGCUGAAGCGGAGAUUGCUGAGCUGAAGGCUCAGUUGUCCCAAGCAGAGGUGGAGAAGUCCUCCCUAGUUUCUGAACUGACAAGGACGACCAAGGAAAGCCAUGAAAACCUGGCCAGGUUCAAGGCGGGAUAUGAAGAAGCCUACAAGGAGACCCGGCGUGAUUGGAAGAAGAUGCUCGUGGAGGCGCAGAACCGUGCCUAUGUCUUGGGAGCGCGAGACCAACGCCUGGAGUAUUUCUUGUCUCCGCAGGGUCAACACUUUCUGGGGUUGGUGCUGGAGGGCACCUUGGCGGCCUUCAAGCAGACUCAAGAAUACCUGGAGGACUUCGGACCCCUCUUUGCCUAUGUGAUACAGCAGUCCGCCUCCAAUGCGUUAGAGAUGGCGGGGGCGACCUCGGAACAGCUCGCUACCCUGGAUCUGCAUGCCUUGAUGGAGAACCUUAAUGAUGAAGAAAUAAAUAAGCUGAUGGGGAUCCCUGCGAAUUCUCCGGGGAAACCAGAAUGGUGGUAUCCAGUGCUGGAGAGGGCCAUUCCCUAUUUCGUCUUUGGGGUUGGGUCUGCUUCAUUACCCUCCGCUCCAAUGUAUAUGCCUGCUUUCUCUGCUUCCCUGUACGGCGUGGUGCCUCAUCUGCCCUCUGAUUUGGCGGCCUCUGUUUCUGAAGAUUCCGCUUCCUCCUCUUCUGCAAUGGAUCAGCUUUUUACUCUGUAUCGAGAUGAGAAAACGUAUGUACAAGAAGCUGUGAAACUGCUGGACUUGGGAGUCCGUCUCCCCAAGGUGAAGGAAGCUGGCAUGCUGCCAGUGUUUACAGAGGGAGCUGCUUUUGGCCAGAUCCCUACGGGUGGUGCCCCUUCUCUGGUCUCCUCUGCCUCUGUUCCUGCUUCUUCUACUCCUGCUGAAGAUUCCUCUGCUCCCCUCUCUUGA